UUUCUUUUGCAGUUCUGGAAACCAAUAUAAUGUCUCAAUUCGGAGACGCCAAUCCAAUUCAUCUAUGUGAUGUGAUCACUGGGCAGGUGCUGUGCAUAUUAUCUACCGCGAUAAACGCGAGACGCGAUCAAAACUUUUCUUGACCGCGCUCUUUACAGCCAAACGCGGUUCUGGACGCGUCAAAAAAAAGUCGGGGGAAGGGUUUCGGGAGGUCUUAUUGAGGGGUGCCGUAUAUGACGCACGAGGCCCGCGAUGAUCUUAUAUGGCCAUAUAUCCGUUUCAUAAUCCUACGUUAUUCAAACAGCCAGCUCUGACAUAUCACAUCCUUUUAUUUACCAGCAUGGCUACGUGACCGAGGACUGGAAAGACCAAGGUGUGAGACGCGGUUUUUGGUCACCUAAUUAACUUCAGCCUGGUUGCUGCCUUCUCAUCUGCCUUCAUCUAUCUCCAUCUACCUACCCCUCAUCCCAACCUUCACUCGCAUCCCGGCGCAUGAAUUUCGCGCCCAUCUCAAAUCUACGCUCCCUCCAAUCUUGAGACCGUUUCACACACACACACACACCUAGACAAAUCGUCAUAAGAUCCGCACCCAUGGGUCUCCUCAGGAUCCCACGCCAGGAUAACCAAGAAGGUUUCGUCCUGGUGCACAUCGUCCCCCUCGCUCAAAAGGCCGCUGCGACGCUGAACGUCAAGAUCCUGGCUACGGAGGGGGGUGCGCCUUUCGCUCUUACCUUGAAACAGAAUCAAGUCCAGAAACUCAAAUCCAAGAAAGCACCCUGUACCGACAGCGAAUGGGAAGCGAUAUUGGAGGUUAUACUACUCCAGCAGGAGUCAGACCUUGAAAAGGCUGCUGCGACGGAGGGGAUAGAAGUCGAAGCUGCUAUCGAGGAGGAUGUAGCUGUUGAGCUCGUCUUCAAGAAAUCUACGUCGGGUAUCACUCAACGCCUCGGCUCCCUCCGCCUCCUCCACGACGAAGACCAAGAAAUCGAACUCUUCGACUGGUGCGGUGCCUCGAUCCAGCACUCACACUCCCUAACCAGCACCCUUAAAUCCGCACAAGUAGAUCUCCUCAAAGAGCAAUCCAAAAGCCAGAAACUCGCAGAGCAGUUGGAGGACCUGCUCAAGGCGAAGGGGGAUCAUGAGCAUGCCCUGCUUGAGAAGUUUUCGCUGCUGUUGAAUGAGAAGAAAGCGAAGAUUAGGGAACUGCAAGCGGGGGGGGGGGAGGUGGAGAUGGAGAUGCCUAAUAGACAUAAAAAGGAGUCACCUGUAGAGGAGAAUGCGGGGAAGUCGAGGAGGGGGAAGAGGAAGGCGGAGACGGUGGAGCCGGAAGAGGGGGAGGAGAUGGCUGUUGAUGACGAGGGGAAGGAGGAGGGGGCGACGAGGGAUACGAGUGAUGAGCAGGAGACGGAGGAUGAGGACGAGGAGCCUGUUGCGGCGAGGAGGGGUGGUGGGAGGGGUGGUGGGAGGGGUGGGAAGGCGGAGGCUGAGGCUGAGGCUAUGGAUGAGGAUGGCUCGGCUACGGAGUCGGAGGAUGAUGGGCUGUGAUAGGUUUGGUUGUGUAGUUGGAAGUUACUAUACUAUACGUAAUGAAUAUGAUGAUUUUGGAAGAUGUGGCAAGGGGCAGAAGCGUGAUAGUAAAUAGUCUUUAAACAUGUAACAGUCUUAGCCCUCAGCAAUUUGGCGCAGGGAUUCGUACUAUAUGCCUCGUCAGAUUCGUUCAUUUGAUAACUAUCUCCCAACUCCAAAAUUUCCCCCUAUCCCCAUCAAAUAUCCCCCAAAACGCCAAAGCUAU